AAACAACUCCCUUCGUUAUACUCAUUUCCACUCUUUCACAUAACCAAAGCAAUCCAAUUCCCUUUCCCAUUUUCACGAAAAUGUCAUAUCAAGUAACCCAAGAUCACCGUGAAAACGCAGAGGUUUUCACUGACCCAACAAUCUGCAAGCAAAAAUCUCUUCAACUUCUCGAGCAAAUCAACAUGCCAAAAGGUCUUCUCCCAUUGGAUGAUCUCAUCGAAGUGGGCCACAAUAAACAAACGGGGUUUGUUUGGCUUAAACAAAAGAAGGCAAAAGAACACCGGUUCAAGAAAAUAGGAAAGCUUGUAUGGUAUGAUAAUGAAGUCACGGGGUUUCUUGAAGAUAGAAAGAUGAAGAAACUUACUGGGGUAAAAAGUAAACAGCUUUUGAUCUGGAUUACUAUUUCAGAUAUUUCUAUUCAGGACCCCGAAUUUCAGAAAAUUACUUUUGCUACAUCUACUGGAAUUUCUAAGGCUUUCCCGGUGUCUGCGUUUGAGGAGUAAGAAGAAGUAGUGAAAGGGAAACUAUUGGUUGUGGUAUCUUGGGGGAGUAUUAAUAAUUUAAAUACGUUUUUGUUGUUGUUUUGUUUUGUUUAAUAAUGUCCUUUUCUUUUUAAACUUCUGUAACGGAAAAGAAAUGUGAAAGUGAAGCUAUUUUAUCUCCUCUUUUGGUGGAAGAAGUUGUGCAAAAUUCAUGUACUAGUUUUAUUCCAGAAAAGUAUGGGAAAAAAACUCGCUUUUUGCCUU